AUGGAGAUCAAGCACAACAGCCCACUGCUUGUGCAGUGCAAUAUUAUUAUUAUUAUUAUUAUUAUUACACGCUUUUCCUGCCGAAGGCAAUUGCAAGGUGCGUCUGCAGACAAGCUGCAUGCCUCUGAUGCUGUGCGAGAUGCGGUGCUCGGCCUGCACGACGCCUCUCUCAGCAGCUAUGCAAUCAGCGAAACCCAGAGAAAAGCGCUGGAGGCAAUUGCGCGCGCGCGGCAGACGGGCGUGCUGCGCUCGGAGCUGGCCAAGCGGAUGGGCAUGGAGCCCAAGAACUUUGCCUAUGUCACCCGGGCGCUGGAGGCGCGGAAUUUGAUCACACAGCAGAACAUCAGCGUGAAGGCGGCUGACACAGUCAAUCGUAUCAACACCAACAUCCUGCACCUGCCCCGCUUCAAACUCAACGUUGUCCCAGGCAUGAUAAAGGAAGUGGACACUGGGGAUUUUGUGGUGGAAGACGAGGAGGCAGAGAUGGCGCGCAUCUGCAGCUGCCUCGCGGGUGCUUCAGGCGGCGUCAUGCUCGAGUCUGAGGUCAAGAGGGUGCUGGGCUUCCAGCACACUCAGGGGCACAGGCAGUGGCGGCGGUUCAAGAAGAAGCUGGUGGACUCCGGCAGGCUGAAGGAGUCUGUGGGCAUCCAGAAUGGCGCCUAUGCCAGCGUCCUCAAGCUGGAGCAGCCCCUCUCAGCUGCCCCGGGCCUGCAAACAGCCCCAGGAGAUGGGGACGAACUGGAGCCAGGAGAAGAACUUGAGACAGUGGCGGAGUUGGGCUUUGACAACCAGAUCCUCAACCUUGUUCUGGAAGCAGGGAGUGAGGGGGUUGCCAAGCACAAGCUGGCCACGCGGUUGGGCAUGACCAACAAGAAAGCCCACAAGCUGAUGGUCGCCCUGAGCAAGCGCGUGAGAAUCCGGGAGAGCGACGAGCAGCAGGGCCGCGCCCAGAUGAAGGCAGGGCAUCCCCACCCCUUCUUUGGGAAUGUGUGGAGGGCACCAGAGGAGCUGCUGCAGUAUCAUCAGCUGACACAUGCACCCGCAGUGCCAUCUGGCGGCUGGCAAGCGGCAGUGGCGGCCGCUGCAGCCGCCCGCCCUGAUACUGGGGCUGACCACCCUAUAGAAGCAGCUCUGCCCCUGGCAACAGCCCCACAUCCCUCUGUCCCAGGGAUGCUUAGGUCGGUGCCUGUCGGACAAGCCGCCGCGCCUGUCGAAUUGGCAGGCUCCUCCGCGCCGGAUGCCCCUGCCCCCUACAGAUUCCCAGAGCUGCCAGAUCAGGCGGAUGCACUGGCGCCGUUCGAAUUUCCCCAGCCGCCUGAUCAGUCGGCCGCGCCGGCCCCCUUCGAAUUCCCAGCCGCGCCAGAUCAGGCGCAGGCGCCCAGCGCCAGAUCAGGCAACGACGGCGCGGGCCCCUCGUCCAUGCCCCCCUUCCUGGGCGAGGGGACCGACGCACAUGGCAACGAGGAGAUUGCGAGCGGACCAACCAUGUCCACUACUGCCCAUGCGUCCAGCAAUGGCAUGCCUGAGAUCGAGCAGGAAGGCAUGCCUUCCAUUGGGCAGGAAGGGGUGCCGCCGCUGGUUCAGAGCGGUACCAUCCAGAUCCUGGGAGCGACGGGUGAGGCCAAGGGAGAUGAACAGAAGGUGACCACGCUCUCGCUGCAGCGGCAGCAGCGGCUGGCGGACCGCGUGACCAGCAUCAGGUUCAUGAUGGUCUCCGACGAGACGGAGGUGGGCAUGCGCUCGGGGCACUGCGAUCAGCGAACGCGCAAUCGCAUCAUCGACCGCUGCCUAGCGGCCGGCCAAGUCAUGCGGCUGCUCGUGCAGCUUCCCGGCAAGCGCACCAAGCACAAGGGGUUCAAUGUGGAAGUGCUCACGCGCGUCGGUACCCCACUGGACUUCACCUUCCUCAACGAGGUGAGGGAGUGCGCGCAUCUGCGCCGGGCAGAGCGGUUCCGUAGAGGCCAGGUCUCGCACCGCGGCGCGCAGCUACGGGCCGAGGGGGUGGACCUCCCGGUGGUGGACCUGGAGGAUGGGAUCUCCCGGGGGGCCCCCGCCGCCACCCAGGGGGUGCGGGCCGCGGCUAAUUUGGCGCGCUACAACGAGGAGAUGGAGUUGCUGACUGAGAACGGCUUCCUUCGCUCGCGCAUGGUCCGCGUGCGCCUGCUGCACUACUUCAUCUGCCGCCUCAUGGGCUUGGGGGGAAAUGUGCGGAGCGAUGCAGACCUGAUAAGGGGCAAUGGGCUGCCCAACUCGGCCCUGCAGGCUGCAGGCGGGGACAAGGAGGCCGAUCUGAACUUGGCGCUCCAGAGUCAGCUCAUUCAGAUCAAGGAGCUGGCAAACCUGCGCGCCGGGCAGAAUCCUGCCUCCACCAGCAGUCCUCAGGAGGCGGCUGAACGCGAGGGGCGCCGACUCUCACUGAAGGGGCUGUGGGACGCAAUGCCUGUGGAUUUGUUCUUCCAGGUGGUCGGGUGCAGCAUGGACAGGGCCGAGGCAGAGAAGCUGUCUGGGGAGGACAAACGCAUGGGUGAGCUGGAGGCUGGUUUCAUAGAGAGUGUUUCGACCGCGGCAGCCUGCAGUCGGCUGCGUGAGUCAUUGGACACAAUGCGGCGCAUGGGCCUGCUGGAAAAGGAGUCACGGCCUGAUCAGGCGGCGCAGGGGAGUGCCACUGGCUCCGACGGCGUUGUCUACCUCGCACAGGCGUCCAUCCAGCUCGAGCUGCCCAUCAGCAUCUCUCAUGCCAGGGGAGAGGAUUCCUCCGGCAUAGUUCAGCCCGGCGGCCUGAGGGUGAUGCAUCACUACGACCUGGCACAGAAGGCCAAGCUGGACGAAUACUGGGCCCGGCUGGAGUAUGCCUGCCUUAGCAAACCGGUGGCGAUGCGGUACUGCUGGCCGGCCAAGCGUGCGCCGGAGGUGGUGUCGCCGCAGGGGUGGCAGAUGAUGUGGCUCAUGAGCGCCGCGCAGGCCCGGCAGCUGCGCGCACGGAUCGCGGCUGAGAUGGACUCCGGCCUGGAUUGGGUGGCCUGCCACCGCAUCGCAACCGAUCUCAAGCUCUCCUACACCCAGGCACGGCCCAGUGCUGAAACAUCCCACAUCUGGCAGAUCGUGAUGAAAAUCGCGACCCAGUUCAGGAGCAAGGAGCGACUGGAACGCCUCAAGGCUGGCGCCCAGCCCCUGCCCAAGCUGCCCAAGCUGACCAGGACUGCAGCCGGCAGGCUCUCUCUUCGCCCCAAGCCUGCAGUGCCACAGGUACCAAAGUCGCCGAUCCUCCCGGGAGGGCGCAGGCGGCCUACAGAGGAGGAGAUGCGCGUGAAACGGGCGGCGCAGUCGCGGCGGCUGCGGGAGCGCCAUGCCAAAGAGACCGAGCUCAGGCUGCAGCAGCAGGCUGCAAGGACGCUGGCAGAGGGAUUCCCAGACGAGGAGCCGGCUGCGCUGCGAAGGAAGUUGCGCAAAAUGACCACGACCCACGAGGAGGACUGCGUGCUUGUACGCGGCUGGGUCAGGUGGCAUGCUGUUCAUGGAGUGGCCCCAGGCAAGCAGUGCUUUCGCAACAGCCGGCGCCUGCUGCCAGACUACCACAUGCUGGAGACACAGGCCUCGCGCCGCAUCGCCCGCCUCAUGAAAUCCUCCAAGACCAAGAACUCGAUGGAGCGUCUGCUGGCACUGGCCGGCCAGGUGCAUGCGCGUGAGUCAGCGCGCACAGCCGCUUCACAGCCUGCAGCAACUUCAGCUCCUGCUGCUGAGGCAAACGGAGAUGCUGGUGCAGAAACUGGCACCUCUAGUGAGCCCCUUGCAGAUGCUUCUGGAGAGACUGAAGCUCCUGCUGCAUUGGGACGCACUGAGGCCCCUGCUGCAGAUGCAUCGGCACACACUGAAGCUCCUGCUGCCAGCAAAGGCCCAGCAGAUGAGGCACCCACCAGUCGGCCAGCCGCCCGCAAGGGCGUCUUAAAAGGCACCAAACGCAAGCCGCGGCUUUCUCUGGACACACAAACCAUCCUGCAGCAAGGCGCUGCCGUGGGAGAGAUCGUGCGCCAACUGGCCGACGGAAAAACCGCGCCGGCCGCCGUCGGCCCCGGGGGAGUUAACGCGUCGCACCCGCCGCCGCGCAAGAGGCGUCGGAGGGUAGCUGCGCAGAAGCCGGUGCAGCCGCCUGUUGCGAAGACUGGGGCAGAGAAUAAUGAGAGGGCAGCGAGGGAUGCGACUGCAGCUGCAGCUGUAGCUGCCGAAGCCCACGGGAAGCGGGGAGGAGCGAUCAUUGAGGCAAACUACAAGAAGCGCAUGGCUGCCAUCGGCCAGGCAAUGCAGGACGGGCCACUGUUCAAGGUGGUGACCCCAGAGGACGCUGCAGCGCUGAAGGAAGCCGAAGAGCUGGUGGAGGACGUGCUCGCAGCCGCCCUGACCGACAAGAAGGUCAUUGUUCUUCGGUCUCCCAAGCCACCCCGCCGCGUGCGUCCGACGGCGUUCCCCGAUGGGGCGCCGAUCUUGCCCAAGGAGAGGCGGCCAGCCAAGAAGCGCAAGGCGCCGGCCGACGCAACUGAGGCGGCGGCUGCGGCCCGGGCGAAGCGGCAGCGCGGGCGCGCGGCGGCUGCCGCGGCGCGGCGCCCGUCCGGGGGCGAUGCGAGGCCGGAGGUGCAGGUCUCCUCGGCGUUCCUGAAGGGCCGCACACUGGUGCAGCAGUGGCGCAGCGCUGUCGGCCGCUCGGCCCUCAACAAACACCUCGCCAUGCCCGCUGGCAGCAAGCCGCCGUCGACGUCUGUUGCGGUGGCCAUGGAGCUGAUAAAGUCGCUGCUGCUGGUGGCGGAGGCAUCGCCCCAGGAGACGCCCACCCCGGACGCAGCAACCGCCCUCGUGGAGAUCACAGAGGCGUUUGGGUAUCUGCGCAAGGCCGGGCAUGUGAACCACGGGGCCAGCAACCGCCCCUUCCACCUCUCCGACGCCUUCAAGGACAGCAUGCAGGUGGCGGAUCUCCACCCAGAGAUCUUUGUGGAGGCGGCUGCAGCGCGAGAACGCAUGCGCGCCGCGCGGCUGCUGCAAGAGCCGCCCGCAGCUGCCGCCGUGCUCGAGUAUGCAGCCGAGGAGGAGGUUCCCAGUGGCAUGGUCGCUGAGGCGCUGUCUCACCUGGCUGUCGGCGAGCUUGACAUACAGACGCAUGAUGUCACGGUGGAGCCAGCAGAGGCAGGAGAGGAAGAGGACCCAAUGAUCGGUCCCCUCUCCUGGCGCAUCCCUCUGCGCAUCAGCCGCGGCCCACCCCCACAAACCACCCCACACCCACCCUCUCACCCAAAGCCACCUGUCAGCCUAUCAACACAGCGGCAAAGCCAGCCAUCUCCCCUGCAGCAGGCACUGCAGGAUGCUGCUUCAAGUCAGCAGCGGUCAUCCCGUGUAGCUGGGGAGGGUGUCAGCAGUGCAGCAGCAAGAAAGGGGCAGCAGGAGAGGCUCUUCUGGCCGGAAGCUGUGGGCACGAACUGGAUAGUCAGAUCUGCAGCGGAGACUGCCUGCGUGGAAGAGUGGACGGCGAAACAUGGCAGUGCUGCGGAUGACAAGGCCCUGCUCAAGGACGCCCUAACGUUGAUCCGGGAGGCGGGUCCGGACGGCCUCACAAUGGAGCAGCUGUCCAGCUCAGCGUCCAUCAGCGCUGACAAGGCGCAGGAGCUGGUGGAAGCUGCGCUGCGCUAUGGGCUGGUGCAGAUGGUGGGCGCCUACCAGGCCUGGGCCUACGUGGCAUCAGAGCACUGCCAGCGCUUCCGGCCAGAUGUGGCGAGCUCAGGGCAGCCAUCAGAGAAAGGCACCAGAGAUCUGCCUGCUGCCACUCCUGCCAACCCGGCCGCCCAGCAGGGCAGCAGCAAUGGCACAGUCAGCGCUGCAGCACCCCCCGAGUCCACUCAUGCAGGGGUAGCAGCUGGAGAGAAAGGGGCAGCAGGGGCUCAAAGUGAGGACCAGCAGGGGGCAGCAAUGAAAGAAGGGGCCGCAGGGGGCCGUAAAGAUCAGCAGCAAGGGGAAUUAAAAGAUGGGGGUCAAAGUGAAGCGCACCAAGGGCAAGAAGUGAGUGGAGAGGGUGAGGGAACGCUGCUGCAGCCCUGGAGCGACCACCGCGGCCGCCUGAACGAGCCAUUCCUGCGCAGCAUCACACAGCGCGCCGUCUCCAUUGUCAUACGCCACCCUGGCAUCCCAGAAGAGCUGCUGGUGGAGGAGCUGGCGGUGCUGUCGCCGCACAGCGCGCGGCGGCUGCUCCAGAAGCUGCUGGAAGCCGGCCUCGUCACUGUCAGGUCGGCCGAGGCGGCACCUGCCCCAGAGCCGCCCGCCAUCUUCCGGCGGGCGCGCCAGCAGCUGCCGCCUGAAUCCAAGGUGGUCAAACACUACUUCCCAAAUCUGUCCUGCUGCUUUGGGCAGACGACGGAAGUUUCUCUCCAGGCGUUUGUGAGCGGCGCAUGA